UUUUCAGACCAGCUGCAGCACGCUGUUUGCGGUACGAGAGUAGUGUCUCAUCAGCUGAGUCAACGAGGAUGGCCGCAGACCAAAAUCAUUGGAGGUUCAACUACGCCAUACGGGGCAUAUCCUUGGCAGGUGGAAUUACAAGCAUACAAAGAUGGAUGGGAACACCACUGCGGAGGAGCGCUUAUUUCCGAGACUAUAGCUUUAACGGCGGCACAUUGCUUAAAAGAUUUUAAAAAAUCUCAAUUGCGUAUUAUUGUUGGUAAACAUAACCUAGCAAAAAACGAUAAACACGAAAAAACAUUCAGAGUACAAAAGGCAUUAGUACACCCUGAAUUUAGAAAAGACGGACCGCAUAGCCAUGACAUAGCGAUAUUAAAAAUUAAUUCAUUGAACAGUAAAGGAGUAAAGUUUGAUACGCACGUGCAACCAAUAUGUUUGCCAGAUUACUAUACGAAAGCCAACGACGUAGAUUGGUGUACCGUGACUGGUUGGGGAGCACAAAAACAAGACGACAUGACCAGUUUGCCGAAAGUUUUGCAAGCCGCGUCAGUACCUUUGCUGGAUUUAGAAACUUGCCGACACGACGAUGUUUAUGGAGGUCGACAUCAAUUCAUAUUGGAUAGCAUGUUGUGCGCGGGGAGUUUAGAAGGCGGAGUAGAUGCUUGUGGAGGCGAUUCUGGUGGACCGCUGGCCUGUCAAGUGAAUGGAAAGUUUAUAUUGACAGGUGUGGUGUCGUGGGGCGAUGGAUGCGGCAAAAAAAAUAGGCCCGGUGUGUACACACGAGUGUCUUAUUACACAGAAUGGUUAAAAAAAGUUAUGACGGAACUCGAGAAUAAUUAAACUAUGUUUGAUUAUUUGAUAAAAAAAAUAAUUUAUUAUGAUUCUAUCAAGUAAUUUAAAUUUUAUUAUGUAUUUAUGUAUAAUAAAAUUGUAA